UCCAUCGAUUGACUGAUGGAUUCGAUCGGAGAUGAUUCGCUAUUCCAGGCACGAACUCGAGUGCCUGUUCGAUUUGUUUAUUGUUUUUCGUCACGCGUCUCUCAGAAACGAAACCAAAAGUGCCACAGCAAAGAUUCUCCUUGGUCCGCCUUCGUAUCGUAUCUGUACGGCUAUACGGGGAUCACCUUCGCUUUUGCUGCUGUAUCUGCGGAUCUGCUGCUAUAUAAAUUCCGAUGCCGGGUAGCAGCAGAUAUCAGUCUACUGCCUGAGAACCAACCAACAACAACAACCAGCAACCAGCAACAUGUUCAAAUUCUUCGCUCUGUGCCUCUUCGCCGUCGUGGCCUGUGUGGCGGCCAAGCCCGCGGUGAUUGCCCCACUGGCGUACAGCGCCUACUCCUCCCCCCUGGUGGCCGCCUCCCCCUACUCGUCUGCCUACACCGCCGCCUACACAGCCCCCGCCUACGCCGCCUACUCCGCCUACUCCGCGUAUCCCUAUGCGUCCGCCUACUCCGCAUACCCCUAUGCCGCCUACUACCGCUAAUCAGGGACUGGCCAUUGGAAAAGCAUAAUCUGGACACUGGACCCCCCCACCAACCCCCCAACAAUAUGGAUACUCCUAUCUGCACCUGCAACCACCUGCAACCACCUGCAACCACUGCACCACCUCCACCACCUGCACAUCUCUGCACUGCACCGCCUUCAGCCCUCUCGUUCUUCUUCCUUUCGCUCCCCAAACACACUGCUGGAAGCUGAAAGUGAACAAAUGGAAACAGGACCCACAGGACCCACAGGACACACCGGAAUAUACAAUAUCAAUGUCGAAAUAAAUAAUUUGCACUUUGCGUGAAACGUA